UGCUUCGUCUCUGUGGAAGUCGGAGAGUUGCGACUGACAACAUCGCAGGGGGUGAGUCCACUUUCUCCGCCGGGAGCGCAGAGAUCGGGGAUCGGAAGAGACGGAGUCCACAUCCAUCGCCGGAGACUAUGUGCAUCUCUGAGUGUCCCCACUUUGUUUCGAGGCAACACGAGAACGCGGCGUGAGGCGGCAGCUUCCAGGGUUCUUUUUCUUUUUCUUUUCUUUGGACGGGGGCGGGGGGGCAUGCUUCCUCGGUCUGCCGGUGAAGAGCAGAGAGUGACGGUCCUUUCUGUCGAUCCACAUCCGACGACAUGUUGCACCGGACCCUGUGUGACUGGAAAGUGCUGCUGCUGAUGGUUCUGCUGUGGGACUGCCUCUGUGCUUUGGAACAGAAACCCACGCAAUGGCCACUGUAUUCCAAAAAGCCUUUGCUGCUCGCUUGGAAUGUCCCCACUGAGGACUGUGCCCCGCGGCACGGCAUUAGUUUUCAGUUGGACCAGUUCCAGAUCGUGGCCUCGCCCAAUGAGGCAUUUGUCAGACAGGAUCUCACCAUCUUCUACAAGAAUCGCUUGGGCCUGUACCCCUACUUUGAGCCAGAUGGAACGCCGGUGAACGGGGGGCUUCCACAGGUGGCCAGCCUCUCGCAGCACCUGGAAAAGAUGCAGGAUAUGGUGCAGAAGUAUAUACGUGAAACUGGGGCCAAGGGUCUGGCAGUCAUUGACUGGGAGGAGUGGCGCCCACUCUGGAUACGGAACUGGGAAACCAAAGAUGUUUACCGCAGACAUUCCCAAGAACUGGUGCGCCAGAAGAACCCAACGUGGCCCCCAGAGCAGGUGACAAGAGUGGCCCAGCAGGAGUUUGAGAUGUCCGCCAGGAAGUUCAUGCUGGAGACACUGAGGCAAGCUAAGAACCUCAGGCCCAACCAGCUGUGGGGGUUCUACCUGUUCCCCGACUGCUACAACCACGACUACAGGCGCACUCUGGAGAACUACACAGGCCGCUGUCCCGACGUGGAGGUGGCCCGCAACGAGCAGCUGAAGUGGCUGUGGACCGAGAGCACGGCCCUCUUCCCCUCCAUCUACAUGGGCACCGUGCUGCGCUCCUCGGCCUCCGGUCGUCAGUUUGUCCGGAACAGAGUGAGGGAGGGGAUGCGUUUGGCUUCAUCGGGCGAUGGGUUGGCACGUCCGGUCUUUGUGUACACCCGGCCCACCUACGCCAACUCUCUGGAACAGCUGACAGAGACUGACCUGGUCUCCACCAUCGGGGAGAGCGUGGCUCUGGGAGCAGCUGGAAUCAUCCUGUGGGGAGAUGCAGGUUAUACAAGCAGCAAAACCAGCUGUUCCGACCUCGAGGCGUAUCUCCGGGGUCCGCUGAGUCAAUACCUCGUCAACGUCUCCACAGCAGCGGAGCUAUGCAGCCAGACCGUGUGUGGUUCUCAUGGCCGCUGUCUGCGCAGGAAUCCAGACAGCGAUGUUUACUUGCACCUGAACCCCCUCACCCACAGUAUCACCAGGCAGAACGGCAAACCGGCAGUCACCGGUGAGCUCGGCGAAGCGGAGAGGGCGGGUUUUCAAACUGAGUUCCAGUGCCAGUGCUACAGCGGCUAUCAGGGAGAGGGCUGCGCUCAGACGGACCCUCUACACCAGAGAGGGGCGGCGGCUCCAACCGUGGCGUCAGCACUGCAAUGUGUGAUCUUACUGAUUAUUCCUCUGCUCCUCUGCUAAUGCGCCAUAAAUACAGUACACCGCUGCAUUUUGUGUGUGAAAAAGAAUCAGAGCAUACGAGGUGACGGGUCGAAAGUUUUCGGGGGCGUGAGGAGUGUCAUUUCUUUCUUGAAUUGCUGUAAAAUAUGGAUGACAAAGUGACCUUUUAUAAGAAACACUGUGGAAUUUGCAGAGUUAUAUUUGUUUCUAACUUUUAAUCUUCUUUUAAACAAUGGAGGGCCCGCUGGAAAUGACCUUGUUUACAUUAAUGCUCUCGGCUUCCUCUCAGUUACCGUUUCCCGAGGUGUCAGAUUCCAUGAUUGUCAUCGGGACGCACGUCUUUGCGGGAAAUGUGAUGAAUGAGUCGACGCACGUCACUGUGUGAGAGGAGUGGAAUUGAUGCACUUACAUCUGGUAAUAGCACAAAAUGAUUUGAAGUGCCUGAUCUUUCUCAACAUGACCUCUCUCGUGAUCUUUUUACGGAGGUGAUUAAAGUGUAACUAUUUAUUUGAAUGUAUUUGUAGCUGUUUUAUAUGGUAUUUUCUUUUUUGUGUCCAAAACAUGACUACUAGUAGUUUUCUCUUCAAACACCACAUCACUCCACUAUGCUGAAAGCAGCUUUUUGACUUCAGAAGCACAAACAUUGUACAGACAAUAUAAAGAGAAAUUUUUCAGACACUUUGUAUGUUCCACAGUUUUACUGACAUUAUCACCUCUGUCUUCAUGCUGUUUUCUCAAAUUUGACCCUCCCCCCCGAAAAAAGUGAAUAAACGUCUUUGUUGAA